UUCACAACGCUCACCAAACCAUGGCCAUAUAAAAGGGUGUUGCUCAUAUGUGGGUCUUCGAGCAUUCGUUGUUUCUGUGAGAGAAAGAACGAACUUUGAGCCUGAAAACCCAUCAAUUUUCUAUGGCUAUUCCUUCUUCUUCGCCUUCGAUUCGUCCUCUUGACCACUCCUUAUAUCCGAAAUGCCCUUUGCUUUCUCACCAUUCCCAAGUUCGUCCCCUUCCCCGCUUCUCCCCUCCAUCGUUUCGCUUCGGAGUCCGCGCAGCCUCUGUGGUGGUUCUAGAACGGGAUAUUUUUUUUCAGGGUUCAGUUACUCAGCCUCAAGAGACAUCUGAAGUUGAAUUGUUUGCAUGUCCUGUAUGUUUUGAACAGCUAAUAAGGAAAGGCCCUCCAGGUUUUAAUUUGCCUGCAAUUUACAGGUCUGGUUUCAAAUGUAAUAGAUGCAACAAGUCCUACUCUAGCAAAAACAUUUAUCUGGAUCUCACUGUAACUGCUGGAACAAAGGACUACACAGAGUACCAACCUGCUCGGACAGAGUUAUUUCGGAGUCCACUAGUUUCAUUCUUGUAUGAAAGAGGCUGGCGUCAAAAUUUUAAUCGCAGUGGCUUUCCAGGUCCUGAUGAAGAGUUCAAAAUGGCUCAGGAAUACUUUAAACCUGCAGAAGGUGGUGUUUUAGUAGAUGUUAGCUGCGGGAGUGGUUUGUUUUCUCGGAAAUUUGCCAAAUCUGGGAUCUAUUCAAGAGUCAUUGCUCUGGAUUUUUCUGAGAAUAUGCUUCGUCAGUGUUAUGAUUUCAUCAAGAAUGAUAAUACAAUCUUAACCACCAAUCUUGCUCUGGUAAGGGCAGAUGUUUCCAGGCUGCCCUUUACAUCAGGUUCGAUUGAUGCUGUUCAUGCUGGUGCAGCAUUGCAUUGUUGGCCAUCUCCUUCCAAUGCAAUUGCUGAAAUAACUCGAAUACUGCGUAGUGGUGGUGUUUUUGCUGGAACUACCUUUCUUCGAAUUGGUUCAUCAACUCCUGAGAUUUUGAGGCCCUUUGAACAGAGAAGCCUGCGUGAAUAUAGCUAUUUUGUGGAAGAGGAGAUAGAGGACUUAUGCAGAACUUGUGGUCUCAUCAACUACACAAAGAAAGUUCAACAGUCUUUCAUCAUGUUCUCUGCACAGAAGCCUUAAAGAGGCUUCAAGUACCAUUUUCUUGGCACCUUUUGUUGUCUUAUGCCGUGUUGAAUGUAUCCCUUUUUAAGGUUAUGUUUGGAACUAGGAUUUGUGGAAUGAAUGAAGGAAGGAAGACAACAGAAAACAAAGAUUCUCAUGUACAUGUAAAAAGCAUGUGGUUGCAUGUGCAAAAUUCACAUGUUUAAAUCAUUUUAAUCA